AUGACUGGGCAUAAGCUGGACAUCCUGAUGGAGGAAGGCAUGCCUGCUGAUGUGAACUACUGUGUUCAUGGCUACGGAACAGGUGCAGUGGCAUGCAAGAGACAGCCACGUCUCCCAGGGCCCCCCCCCGGCCCCGCGCCGAGACCCCACCCCAGCCACGCGGCGUGGACGUCGAGUCCCGGGGCAGCGCCCCGCGCUCCCAGGCAGCGUGCGCUCGCAGGAGGGUGUGCGGCGCGCGGGGGUCUGCACGCGCGCUCCGCCUGCGAGCGGAGGGCGUGCCGGAGGCGUGGCGCGAGCGGCCCCGGCGAGGCCGCUCCGCGAGGCGGGCGCCAGUGGGCGGGACGCGGCGGAGCGCGGCCCGGGGAAGGCUGCGCGGCGGCGCCGCCGGCGGCUCCCGGCUCCCGCUCUCCCGGCCGCCAAGAGCGAGCCGCCGUGGGCGGGGCCUGCGGUGAUUGGCGGGCGGGCGGGGAGGUCGGAAGUACUUUGUUUUUUAUGCUAAUGAGGGAGUGGGGCUUGUCCGUAUUUACGUUGAGGCGGGAGCCGCCGCCCUUCAUUCACCCACAUGGUCCUUCGAGGUGCCGCCGCUGCCGCCCGGCCCGCGCCUUCGCGCCACUUCGCGCCCUCGGGCGAGGCCGAGGGGGUGGGGACGACCCCCGCCGCGCCGCCGCGGCUCGCGCCCCUCCGCGAAGCCCCCUCCGCGGGGCGGGCCGCACCCCCGGCCCUGUGGCCUCCGGUCGUAGUAAAGCGGAGGCGGGUGGGGAGGCGGGAGCGAGAGCCCGCGGCGGGCAGGGCGAAGAUGGUGGCGGCUACUCCUCCCGUUAUCCACGUGGACCUAACACUGCAUCCGAAGCUUUCUAAGGAUACUUGCUGAGAAGUUUUCCUGAGUGGGCAAACGCAGCAAGGCUGACUUGAGUUUCUCCCUAUCCAUAGUCUGGAGAGUCCUGCAUGAUGAUUCCAGACAAGGGCAACCUGCGAACUUCCUGGAGAACAGUUCAGUGUCAUGUUAAAGUUUGUUUCACUUCAUAAAGUGUUACUCUGUUGGUAAUUGACAAGCCUGUGUUAUAUAUGUCUGGUGUUAGAGAAUUAAGAGCCUCUCAGCUGCACAGUAAGAGGUGAGGAGAGCUCCAUGCAAGUUGUUUUUUUUUUGUCUUAUCUGGAAGAUUGUCAUACCCACUCUAGCCUUUUCGGAUUAUCCUGUUUAGUUUCCAUUCUGCUUAAAGCUUGAGUUAAUGUGAUUUUCUCUCAGUGUGUCAUAUUCUUGAAUUUUAAAGCAUCAUUAAGAAAAGAUGUUAUGUGUUGCAUGACUCUUGAGACCACAGCAAAAUCGACAAUGACCUUAGUUUUCUCUUUAAGAAAAUUUAAAAGCAUGUUUGGACACACUGAGUUGUGUUAGUGAAUGUUAUGUUAAUGUUAAAUACUGCAUUUCAAAACUGCUUGUUAAGGAAUUGUCCAGAAUGAAUGUUAAAAUAAAAAAUUAAAGAUUUUACUUUA